CUCUAAUUUUUAAUCUCACACAAAAUCUAGUUUUCCUAUAUUAACUAUACACAUGUGUAUGAAUUGUACCAAGCUAUUAAUGACGGAAUAAUGUGGUGUUUGAGCAAGGAUGAGAUGAUUUAGAAAAAAAUGUAGUCUGAAAUUAGUCCUGCACGUUGCGCCAUGUUAACAACCGGCUUUUAUUUUGACACGCCAGUUACGUAACUUGGAUAUACUUCCGAGUAGCGUUAGCAUGUGUUAGCGACUUCCAUACGCAUGUAAAUAUAGCAUCAGCAAACGGUAAAUAUCAGUCAGUAUUGCUGUAAUUUACAGUAAAAGUCCACAUUAUAUUAAGGACCUGCACAUAUGUCUUGAGUAGACUUACGAUUUAUCGUACAUUAACAUUUAAAUAGCUACUUUGUACAAGUCUUGUCUGGCCGGAGUGGAUGGCAGGUCCAGGAUUAUUUAGUGUUUAAUGAGUUUUUAAUGUAGUUGGUGGAAGAAAAACUGAACUCUUGAUACCAAAUCCGGUGACCCUGCCAGCCAACACCCCAGUUGGUACCCUGCACAGGACAUCCUAGCACCAUCUAAUGCGAGUCUGAAGCCAUGUCCAAGCAGACACAAGCGAAGCCCUCCCUGCGUUUCGGUCAGGUGGUUAUUGGGCCCCCGGGUUCGGGGAAAACCACCUACUGCCAAGGGAUGCAAGAGUUUCUGACUCACCUGGGACGCAAGGUGGUGGUUGUGAACAUGGAUCCAGCCAAUGAAGGGAUACCUUAUUCCUGUGCGGUAGAUAUCUCAGAGCUGGUGACUUUGGACGAUGUCAUGGAAGGUUUAAAGCUGGGGCCCAAUGGUGGACUUCUCUACUGCAUGGAAUACGUCGAAGCAAAUCUGGACUGGUUGGAGGAGAAGCUGAAACAGUACAGUGACUGCUACUUCUUGUUUGACUGUCCUGGACAGGUGGAGCUCUACACCCACCAGAACUCAGUGAAGAAUAUCUUUUCACAGCUGGCCAAGUGGAAUUUCAGGCUCACAGCGGUGCACCUCGUGGACUCGCAUUACUGUGCUGAUCCAGCCAAGUUCAUUUCAGUGCUGUGCACCUCGCUGUCUACGAUGCUGCAUGUCGAGCUUCCCCAUGUCAACGUUCUCUCCAAGAUGGACUUGAUGGAGCAGUAUGGCAAGCUGGCCUUCAACCUUGACUUCUACACAGAGGUCAUGGACCUGACCUAUCUUCUCGAUCACUUGGCUGCAGACCCCUUCUUUAAAAAAUUCCGCCACCUAAAUGAAAAGUUGGCAGAGGUCGUACAAGAUUACAGCCUUGUGUCCUUUGUCCCUCUCAAUGUACAGGACAAAGAGAGCAUGAUUCAGGUCUUACGAGCAGUGGACAAGGCCAACGGCUACUGCUUUGGAGACCUGGAGGAGAGGAAUCUGCAGGCCAUGAUGUCAGCUGCUGUGGGGGCAGACUUCCAGUUCAACUCUACUCUCGGGGUGCAAGAGAGGUAUGUUGAAACCAGUGGAAAGACUGUGGAAGAGGAAAUGAUGGAGCUGUAAAUGGAAAAGCUCAAAUAACAGGACGAAAGCGGUCACCCCUUCAGCAGCAGUAUACGAAGGGGGUCCUGGGAACAUCCAUCUCACUUGGCCUGAAUUCUUCUCAGCCUCUCUGCAGAAGCAGUGGAGACAUGGGAACUAAAUGUGGGUGCUGUAGAUGCUUCACGGUCGCACCACACCUCAUGAAAGAAUCACAGUGACGAAGACUAAAGGGAGCAAAUGUGUGGGCUGAGUAAUCUUUUUUUUUUUUUUUUUUUGUAAUGUUUUGUAGGCAAAAAAGAAAUGUCUUCCUUACAAAUGCAUAAAAAAUAAAGUCAUUCAGUUUCAUUUUUGUUUGAGUUUGAUACAUGCUUGGGAGCCCAUGUUUUGCCUUGUAGCCCUGAUACGAUCGUCGAGCUGAAACAACAACGUGACUGUAAUGAAUAUGGCCAUUUAUUCUUAUUAUGGGUGCAAAAAUGAAAUGUUUUGCGUGAAUAAUGGCAGAUACACACAAACUGGAAUGACGAGGAAGAUGUCUGAUAAAGCCUGCAUGCAUAAAAACAUGACACGCAGUGGAAUAUAAUCUCCAGAGCCUCAGCUGCCUCCUGACAGUUGCACGAUUUUCUGGUGAAAAGGGAAGUUUUGAGCAGUGUUUUAGGGUAAAGGAAAAGGUGGAUAAUCCUAUAAACAUUUAUAAGACAACUGCAUAUUAUCCAGAGAUGAUUCUUUUAUGACAAAGACUGAAAUGGUUCAAUAAAGCCCUUAAGUAAGGCAUCAUAAAUAGUUGAGUCCUUGUAUAUAUGGAUCUGCUGUUUCACCAGCAGAUGGCACAUGUGCUCGCAAAUGCUUCUCCCUGAUCCACAAAAGUCUGCUCCAAGUCUUUCAACCAGCCAGAGCCGAAAAAAUUAAGUCAGGCGGGGAGAGGAAGCCACAUUAAAUCUGUGUUUCUGCACAACUGGCCCUGUGUCUGGUCUCUAGGAUGGAAGAUCCUCUUGUCUUUCGAAAUACAACUAAAACUUCUCCCUAUUGACUACCCCUGACUUUGCUGUCCUACUCCCAGUUCACUCUCCCCAGCUCAACAUCCCACAUUUAAAAAAAAAAAAAUCGUAACCCUGCCAACUUAAAAAGGAGCCCAUAGACGCUGGUUUUAACACGGGGGGCCUCGGUGUGCCAGCGCUUUCGUGCAAAGUUGGAAUUCAGACUGAAAUAAAGCGUGAUCCACUUUGAGAGCUCGCGCUGGUGUGGGAAAUCGCAUUAACCC